AUGUUGUGCGAGAGGUUCCACAAAACACUGAAGCACGACAUAAUGGAGGGGAAAGCGAACGUCAGGAUUGACAGCCUCAUGCACCUACUUAUCACUCUAACUGUAGAGAAGGAAGAAGAAAGAGAAAUUAUGGUUGCAAGAGGAGUGGAAGAGGGACGAUACAGACUACAGCAGCACCACAAAUCACACAAAUCCGCAGUCGAGAAGUAUGCGCAUCAGCAGCAUCAUAUUGUAGUAGCUGGCAAUGGGCUGUGGACAGUAGAGGACAAUGGCAAGACAUACCAUGUCAAGGAGCAAUACUGUCCUUGCGACAAAAAAGAUUUUGCUGCUGGGCGCAUGGACACCUUGUCGCUGCUCAACAAGCCUGAUGAAGAACUCUUAGCGACGCUAGAGAAAGCGGAAAAACUCCAAAAUGAAUUCCGCAAACUCAUGGCCGAAGCUGCGACACGAAUAAAUGGAAAGGAAAACGACGUACGACUUGCGCGUCGCCCUGAUGUGGCGAGUAAUGGCCGUCCCCAAGCACUUACGCCGAUAAGAAAGCUCCACAAAAGAUCUCAUCUGCGAAGUGUACAACAAGCAAAACGCAAGCUCUCCUUUGAGAUUCCGGAUUGCGCAGCAGGAGAGAGAGACACAUGUGCAGUGUGCCUUCGCAUGCAGCCCAGCAACAUGGGAAGCGAGACCACCAUAAGCUGGAUCGAAUGUCCC